GACGCAGCCGACCAGGCUCUACGCUUCAGUUUUGUGUUAUUUUUGUGAUUUUUGAGUAUCGUGACUUUGAAUAAAUCCGAUCUGGUUCUAUGACUGACAUAGACGAUGUGUUUGCCAUGCUGGGCUUUGGCCGCAUGCAGGUCUUCAUAUUCUUCAGCUGUGCCAUUAUACAGAUGUACGUGACCAACGAGCAGCUCGGAUUGACGGUGAUCGUGGCGGGGGCCACGUGUGACCUGGGCAUCCACGACCAUCGCCUCUCGUGGCUCUACGCGACAAUCAUUAGCGGCCAGAUCGUGAUCAGCCCCUAUAUGGGCUAUAAGGCGGAUGAAAUCGGGCGACGCAGGCUGCUGCUCAUAACGCUCAUCCUGAGUCUGGUGUUCUCCCUGCUGUCGGCUUUAAUGCCAGACUUUUGGUCUUUUCUGGUGAUGCGCUUCAUCGUGGGUAUCUUCGUGACAGGACCCUCAACGUUGGUUGUUACCUACUUGAGUGAGUUCACGAAGAUCUCGCUGCGGGGUAGCGUGAUCAACUACCAGAGCUACUUCAUCGGCAUCAGCAUGGUCCUAACAACAUGUGUGGCCUCGGUGCUGCUGCCCCUGAAGCUGAGCCACAGAAUCGUCAACGAUUACGCGCUCACCAGCUGGCGUGUUCUGGGCCUGCUCAGUCUGCUGCCUGGCCUCGUUGGACUUGUCACCAUGUGGCUGCUGCCCGAGAGUCCCAAGUAUUACCUGGCCGUCGAUCGGCAGGAAAAGGCCAUGGAGGCCCUGGAGAGAUGCUGCCGCCUCAACAAGGGCAAAGAUGUAACCCUCUCCAGUCUGGGUGUGGAGUCCGUCACGCAGCCGCGCCUGCCCGAGAAGCCAGUCCAUCGCAGUGUCUUCGCCCGCCAGUGGUACGAUGUGGUGCCCCUCCUGCGUGGCGUUUAUUUUCGUCACUUGGCACUCGCCUCUGCUGCCAUUUUCAUACUGUUGGGCACUGGUGCUGGCCUGGCCAGCUGGAUGUUGCGUGUCCGUCAUCUCACGCUAAUGAAUAAAGACUCAGAGACCAUCUGUGCAGUGCUCGACAAAUUUGAUGAAAACAAAAUGACUCUGCCAAAGUGUGACUUGGGCAUGGAUGACCUGAAGGACUCUGCUUUCCAUGGUCUCGCCGUGCUUGGCUUCUUCAUAUUCACGAGCAUCCUUCUGAUUUGGUUUGGUCGCAGGGUCAUCGUUUUUGCAUAUGUUUUGGGCGCAGCCCUUGCUGGCUUCCUGCUGAACUUUGCCAAGGACAAAACGCUGAUACUCAUUUUAUUUCUCGUUUUAAUUGUGACGCCGCUGUGCAGCCUGAGGCUGACCCUGACGAUUCUCAUCGACCUGAUACCCACUAAUCUAAGGGGCAAAGCCGUUUCCCUCAGCAUGAUGGUUGGAUGUCUGGGCGGCCUGAUCGCCAGCCUCUUCGUGGGCUACACCAUGAAGGUCAGCUGCUAUGCGACCUUCAAUACCUUUGUGCUGGCCCUCAUACGUACGAUGUGGCACCUGUUAUUCCAUAAUUCCGUAAUUUUUUCUCUUGAAAACUCUCUCAUCCCCAGUUUGCGUCGUCCUCAUCGCAAUGCUGCCAUCUGAUGGGAAAAUGAGCGCCAAAAAGGCAUCUAUGUAGUCCGUUGUAGCUUUAUCCUUGUAUGUCGUGUGUUAAGCCAUUCAAAUAAAAGCAGACUCUGC